AUGCGACGACACUUUGAUGCCGACAAGGAAAACCGCGUCGCCGUCGCCGUCUCCAGUCACCCCCAACGCGCCCUCCAGGCCGCUCGCCACCUCAAGCGCGGGACAGCAGCCCCUUCGUCGAUGAAACGAUCGUAUCACGAUACGGACACGUCGCGGUACGCGCUGAAAACAGGCGGUGAACGACCUGCGGCAGCUGGACGACCUCCCGGGGACACGUCGUCGCUGCACGGAAGUGCGUAUACUUCUGGCACCGGUGCCGGUUCCUACAAGGCCGCAGUCGCUGGAGGUCCUGCGACCAAGAGGUCGAAUCUCGUGAGCGGGAGCGCCAAGACGGAGAGAAAUGGAGUGCCGCGAGCAGUGGCGACUGCGAACAAGGACACAAAGACAACGGACGGAGGCGCAGGGCCAUCUGCUUCGACCACGACGUUAUCGACGUCGUCGUCGCAGUCGAAGAAGACGUGGAAGCUCAGCGACUUUGAGAUUGGCAAACCGCUUGGGAAAGGCAAGUUCGGCAACGUGUACUUGGCCCGCGAGAAAAGGUCCAAGUACGUGGUGGCGCUCAAGGUAUUGAACAAGCAGCAGCUGAUCAAGUCGAGCAUGGAGCAUCAACUGCGUCGUGAGAUUGAGAUCCAGUCCCACUUGCGCCACAAAUCUAUACUGAGGUUGUACGGCUACUUUUACGACAGCAAGCGGGUCUACCUCAUCAUUGAGUACGCGCCACAGGGAGAGCUCUACAAGAAGCUGCAGCGAUCGGGACGCUUCUCGGAACGACAGUCGGCACUGUAUAUCCAGGAGAUGGCACGUGCGCUGGUUUACAUGCACAGCAAGCACGUGAUCCACCGCGAUAUCAAGCCAGAGAACUUGCUCGUUGGCUUCCAUGGAGAGCUCAAGAUUGCAGAUUUUGGCUGGUCCGUGCACGCGCCGUCCUCACGACGUACGACGCUUUGCGGCACGUUAGACUACCUGCCGCCUGAGAUGAUCGAGAACAAACCCCACGACGAGAAUGUGGACGUGUGGACACUCGGCAUCCUCAUGUACGAGUUUCUGACUGGCGCGCCUCCGUUUGAGACCGAGAACGCAAAGGAGACGUACCGCCGCAUCGCGCACGUGGACCUCAAAUUCCCGAGCUUUGUGUCCUCGGAGGCUCGAGACCUGCUGAUAAAAAUUCUGCGCCACGAUCCGCGGCAGCGCAUGCCGUUAGAGCGCGUGCUGACGCAUCCGUGGAUUGUGCAGCACUGCAAAGCCAGUGGGUAG